UUGUUUAUUUUUUACCUGAAAAACUAUUUUCCAUAUCAUCAUGGCCACCGUAGAAGAAUUGAUUAGCUUGCAACACAGCAUUUACAAAGAACUAAAAGCUUGUCUGGAGCCCGAGGAAAAAGCCAGAAUUGCAUUACAGAAUCUCGAAACGAAAUAUGCUGAAAACAAUGAAGUUAUCCAAAGUUUACAGAACAGUUUGUCGCAACUCAAACAAGCAUCGAAAUGCGAAUACCGCCAAGUGCAAAAUCUACAAAGUGGGAUCCUUAAGUGCAUGUUCCAUUCGCACAAAGUUAAAGUGGAGGAACAAAAAGCAAAGCAUCGGAAAGCGUUUCAGGCCGAGAAAGAAGCCGUGGUCCAGUUAGAAAAAUUGCAGGCAGAAAAAGAGAAAUUACGGAAAAAGGCUCGGGCGGCUAAAGCAGAACAUGAACUUUACCUGUAUCAGCGUUUGCAACUGAAUCGUUUCAUUACAAAUAUUUUCCGAGAAGCCAUCAACGUUGAAGAUUAUCCCGAGCUGACUGCACUGACAGAAAAGAUUAAACAAGAAAAUCAGGCAAAAUCGAGAUGUCAUACUGAACUCGUUGAAGCUGAAGAGAAAAAAAGUGACAUAUCCGACAUCAUUCAAUCAUUGGAAAAGGCAAACAAAGCGCUAACCUUGGACAUCGACACACCAACCUGCGGGGACAUACUCAGCAGCGAAGGCGACCAUGGAAAUAGUGUGAAGAGUGCCAAACAGCAUGUGGAGCGUGCGAUCCAUUUAUUACAAGCCCAAGGGGCAACCAAAGUCUAUAUGGUGGAGGCCUUGUUGAACUCCGCGGUGUUACAAGAAGACACGUUUUGGGGUCAUCAGAGUGAACACAAUGAAGAGCGUCGAGUUCAACUGCAACUUUGGGAAGAUCAGAUCCGAGAAACUCAAAAAGAAAUGCAAAUCAACCUGCUGCUGCCGCUGAUCAAGCAAGUCAAUGAUCUUCAACGGCAAAUUAGGAAUCAUGAUGAUAUUAUUACGACCCUAAAGGACGAUAUUGUACGGAAACAACAGCAAAUUCUUGACGAUAUCUUGUCUGAUAUACCAGAGUAUCAGCCUACCGGAGCGCCUCCACCCUACAUGCCGGAACUUACCACAUAUGCUGUAUGAGCCGCUUACUAUUCGUAUCACUCCUUCAACGAUUAGUUUUUAUUGUCCCCUAUUUAUUAUGCCGUAUUUUCACGGCUCUAAUCUAUAGAUAUAUAACGAUAUCAUAGUGUUUCCUAGCUGUAUUAUAUCAUUUGUUUUCUCUGUACCAUACAACCCCAUGCAUAAAACUUGAAAUAUAUAGUAGAAUCUCAGAAAAAAGUAUGAAACACAGAUCACUUAUUAUAAG